CCGGUGGACCCUCCAGUAUAUAUUCCCAAGGACUUUUACCCACACCCGUGACAGCCCACUACACUACAUAUGGCACAUAUCGUAUACCUAGCACGCGUGUGCUUAAUUGUUGGUCAGCAAGCAAGGCCGUCUCUACUACAAGAGAAACGUUAGCUAGCGAGCUAAGCUAGGCUUCUGCUCAUCCGGCUGGUCUAGCUAAGCAAUGGCGCCCAACGUCGUCGACGGUGCUGCCGGCGCCGUUGGGGGUGAGCACCGCGUCAGGAUGCCAGCAGUUAUUCCUCACGGUGGCGGCGGAGCAGCGGCAGCGGGCAAGGCCGCCGCCGCUGCCACGCCGGCCGAGAAGGGGCUGAACCGCUUCGUGCGGUUCGUGGUGCUGAUGGAGAGGGUGGGCAACGCGCUGGGCACGCUGGCGUUCACCUGGGCCACCGUCGUCCUGCUCGGCGGCUACGCCAGUGACCUUGGCAAGGAUGAUCCCAAGGACGACGGCUCCCACUUCGAUUUUUGGUACGCGACAGCGAUAGUGUUCCUGGAAGCCACAAGGAUGUUCACCCGCAACAACAGACUGGAUUACCAACUGUUCUUUAACACCAGGGGUGCUUUUAGACCAGUUGGCUGGAAUGCACUGAUUGCGAUCUUAUGCUUCUUCGAUGUUUUCGUGAUCCUAUUGAAGAGAGAUUAUAUGUCCAAUGUGGGCCUUCUAUUAAUGGCAAUAAUACUUGCAAUUGGCCGGUUCCUGUCUGGGCUGAAACUACACAUAUGCAAUCCGCUGCGCCGUGCCACAUCGCUAUGGAGUCCCUUGGUUGCAAUCCUACUGAUGGCUCCCCCUCUGCCAGAUUCUGUUAGUCAAUACAUAUAUGAUGAUCCUUACGAUCAUCCAGUAGACACAUCGACCAGAUGGAUUGUGUUCACAACACUACUUGUGCCAGUGCUUUUGGUAACAAUAAGUAGGCUACGGUUUGCAAGAAUCAUCAAACUAGUGGAUAGUACUCUCGGGAACAAAAAAGUAUUUUGGCGUCGAGUUAUUGUAAACCUGUGUAUGAUUGUCGCGCUGGGGAUGCAGGUGUUCAUGCUGCGUCUAGAUAUGGACCUCUCUGUGAUCAUGAUAGUCCAAGCGUGUGCCUUAGCAGUGGUGUCAUUUGGCAACUUCCAGAUUCCAGCAGCGGUGGUGCGCAUUGUGCUGUCACUGUUGCGCCUUGGACCAAUUGGGGACAACACUAAGUACGAUCAUAACCUCGUGGCAUCUCUUAAAAUCUUCUACGGGAUGGUUCUUGGUCAAGGAAUGCUUUAUGUUUUGGCUUGUGCGCUCGAGUUCUUCUCAUUCAUCCCUCGGAGAUACCUUGUCCGAUGUGGUGGAUUUAGAGGUCAGCAGGGAGUGGAAUCUGUCAAUCUGUACUAUGCAUAUGCCUUCGAGAAAUGCAUGCAAGAGGGUGUGCUUGCUCCAAAGAAGAUCAGCUUCAGCACCUUUGCCAUGGAUUCUGUGAACUCAGACUCAUCCAAGAACCAGUUCUACGGGAUAUGGAUGAUGCACGGCUUUCUGCAAAGUGAACCAACCAAGACAUGGCUCCUUUCAGAACUUACCAGUUCCAGCAAGACGAUGACCAGAAUAAUCAGAAUGUUGGAUUGGAAAAGUCAAAAGGAUACAACUAUCAGAUUAUAUGCCGCAAAGGUCACCACUGAGCUUGCCAAGGACCUCUGUGUUGCCACUUUCCCCGGUACAGUGCAGCAUGUAUCUGCAGUUUUUGACGUUGACAGUAGACGGAAAAGAGGAAACCCACUUCUGGAUGCAGAUGAUGAACAAGAAGAAAAACAAGAUCAUUUUCUGAGCACAGAAGAUAGCCAAGAGGAAGAACAUGACGAGCUAAGGGAUGUGGCUCAUGACCAAGAGCAAAUAAGAGACCAACAUCAGGGCACCGAUAACCAGAAGGGAACACAAGCCAUCUCAACCCAACCAGUUGUCAUCAACGAAGAGAAUUCCUGCAUGCUCAGGUGCUGGCGGCGGAUUUCAGAUUUCUGGUCAAUUCCUAAGGAGCAGCCAUUAACAGACCAUGAUUUUCUACCUGCACUGGCCAUGUCGAUUAUAGGCAAUCUUGCUGGUUGUGGUCAGGACAACUGUGUGGAAAUCGUCAAAGCAGCAGACCUCAUCCCAAAGAUUAUAGGAUUCACAAGCUACAAAAGUGACACGACAAGUGAUGUGGUACGGCAAAAGGUCCUACUAAAGUCAUCACUGAAGGUACUGCAAAGGCUCACAAGAAUUGACGGGGAAAUUGGCAUAACACUGAGGUAUGAGAUAUCAAAACAUCGCUUCCUACUGAGAAAUCUCACAGAGAUCUUGCAAGACAGCAUGAACAGCCAGGAAUUCAGAAAAUUGGUGGCAGGAAUCAUUAGAAACAUUGCCGUUGAUGGGAGCAUAAGGCAGGAGAUUGGUCGCACUCAACUGACCAUUAACAUGCUCAUGCAGGCAUUUCUAAAUACAGAAGGAACCAAAAGUACCGAUGCUGAUCACUUGCUAGAGAAGGUCGCAGGGCAAGCACUUGCAAUGCUGACAACAGAGAGUGUUCAGAAUUGUUUGGUUAUGUUGAAGGAACCAGAGUUCAUUAAGAAACUCAAGAUUAUGAUCCAUGAUGACAAGCUCAUAUAUGUGGCUGCAACUCUGUUGUGUAAUCUCUGCCAGCAUGCUCGAACCGAGCUCACCGAGUCGGACCUGAAAGAACUACCUCAUGCCUUGCGAAAGGUGUUGGAAAGAAUAAAGGACAUAGAAGGGGCAGAACUAGAGAUCCUCAUUGGCCUUAGUUCACAGAUCUGUAAAAUCAUUCCUGAAGACUUUACCCGAGAACUACAUGACAUUCAGAUUAAGCGGAGAUUUGUGAACAGGCUUGUUGACGCGUUGAAUGCAAAUACGAAAACUAGAGCUCAGCCUCAUUGUCCUGGGAUCAGGAGGGUCAUACUUGAACAAGUCAUUAACAUGGUGGAGUGCAAUUAUUGCUAUGCUGCCUAUGCAGACUGUUUCAAUGAAUUCAAAUUGGCAGAAACACUGUCAACAGUAGAACAGACAUUGUCAGAGGCCGAGAACUACAGGUUCUUUUUGGGCGACACAGGGUUGAUGGAGUACAGUACACCCAUCUCCGCUCUUGUGGCAAGAGCAAAGGAACUUACUGCCCAUGACUGAUAACGAUUCGUCCGUAGAUGGUAGGACUUAUUAAUACAUAAUUUCCCCAUUUAUAAGUAAUAUGGGAAUCUACAUCUACAAUUGUGUCGAAGUGUUCAUCCCAAUAUAAGAAGGGACACCUUGAAUUUAGAUUUGAUAUCAAGAGCGGCAGUUGUUGCGAGGUCAACAAUCCAGGGAUUGGAAUCACAAGGGCAUGAUAUAGUUGGAGUAUGAUUUUUAAUGAUACGUACUGUCUUUUUUGGAACGAACAAUAUUUUCAUUUGCAAUCAAAAGAAAGUAUAUUGUAAUUAUAAUCAUAUCGCCUUAUAUCUAAUUUAUUUCUCUGCUUGGUUACCACUGGUACUUUCAA